UUGUACCCUGGACCACCAUGGACCCACACCAUGUUCUGCUUGUUUUGCUAGUGAGUGCCACCUCAGUCCAAGUUUCUCUUCAAGGUGCACAUGAGGCAAGACUAUACAGGCAGCUGAUGGUGGACUACAAUCCACUGGUGAGACCAGUCGCCAAUGAGUCUCAGACUCUCAUGGUCAAACUCGGCCUGCACCUCGUGCAAAUCAUGAAUGUGGAUGAGAAGAACCAGGUGUUCACAACCAAUAUUUGGUUUGAAAUGACCUGGAAUGACCAGAUGCUGCAGUGGGACACAUCUGAGUUUAAUGGGGUGUCCAAAUUGAGAUUUCCUGAUCAUCUCAUUUGGAAGCCAGACGUUGUCCUUUAUAACAGUGCAGAUGAAAGAUUUGAUGCCACCUACCAUACCAAGGUUCUGGUGAGCUCCUCGGGAGAAUGUAUAUACUUAGCUCCAGCGAUGUUUAAGAGCACCUGCUACAUCGAUGUCCGCUGGUUUCCAUUUGACAUCCAGAAAUGUGAACUCAAAUUUGGCUCCUGGACUUACGAUGGCUGGUCUGUGAACUUGACCAUGUCAGAGGCAGACAUAAGUGGCUACGUCGCUAAUGGAGAGUGGGACCUUGUUGAGGUUACAGUAAAGAGGGAAGACCACAUCUAUCCGUGCUGUCCGGAGCCAUAUCCCGACGUCAAAUACACCAUAGUGAUGCGCAGACGGACCCUCUAUUAUGGACUCAACCUGCUGAUCCCCUGUAUCCUGAUCUCCAUGCUGGCCUUGCUUGUCUUCCUGCUGCCUGCGGACUCGGGAGAGAAGAUCUCACUUGGAAUCACAGUACUGCUCGCCCUGACCGUCUUCAUGCUGAUCGUUGCGGAGAUUAUGCCGGCCACAUCGGACUCAGUACCUCUGAUAGCGCGGUACUUUGUCACCACCAUGGUCAUUGUUGCCUUUUCCAUAAUUGCCACAAUUGUGGUCUUACAAUUUCACCAUCACGACCCUGAUGGAGCCAGGAUGCCAAAGUGGGUACGUGUCUUCCUCCUGAAUUGGUGUGCCUGGUUUCUGCUCAUGAAGCGUCCAGAUGAGGACAAAAAGAUCCCGCAGAACAGUCCGACCGGCAUUGACACAAAGGCCGGUGUUCCAUCCUCCACCAACGAUGAGGAUCAGACGUUCCUCCCCAAAGGUCAAAGCUACGCAGCUGACAGCGGGGAACCAGAGCUCGUCAAGAUCCUAAACGAAGUGCGCUAUAUUGCCAGGCGCGUCCGUGUGCAGGAUGACGGAAAGACGGCGGUAAACGACUGGAAAUUUGCCGCGGCUGUAAUUGACCGUCUCUGCUUUGUGAUUUUCUCGCUGGUCCUUAUCCUCAGCACCUUAAGCAUUCUUAUGUCGGCACCAAACUUUCAUGAGGCCGUAUCCAAAGAUGCUUUUGCUUGAGAACUUAAUCAGAAAAUAGACUACAAGAUGCCCAUCAUUUACAUUAAAAACAGUUUGCGAUACUGUAUUUUGUAGUCUAUUAUAUAUGAGACUUGCGUAUCAACAAAUAUUGUACUUCUCAUCUUGCAGUGGCAUUGCAUGCAUUUGAAUAUUUGCCCUAAACUUUGCCUUUUAUAUUACGAAACAAUACUCUAUUUACCACAAUUGUAAACCACCUCAGUUGCAUUAUUUUCUAACGAAUAUGUAAACAAAUUAAAUGACAAAGCAUUGCUAAGCGACAAUAUUUUAUGUUAAAUCACUGUUUUAUGUAAACACCUUUGUACUAAAAUUGCAUCCAUACACUGUACACUUGUGUAUCUCUCUUUGUGCUUGAUAGUACUUAUAAUAAAACUGUUGCCACAUGCAA